AUGAGCUCGGAGCAUCUCAUCCAUAUUCCUACUACCGAUGAUCAUCUAGAAUACGGAUCUACCGGUGUCACGUCACCAAAACACAAUGAAGUCGAACUCUUGGAUUCGGGAUCUGGACUGACUAUCGACGACAAGUUGUACAAAUCUGAAAGUGGCAUCAUCUUGACAUCUUCAGCACCGCUAGUGUUGACCUUUCUCUUGCAAUAUUCAUUGUCGACAGUGUCCAUGUUUGCAGCUGGAAAGCUUGGAUCCAAAGAGUUGGCGGCGGUCAGUUUGGCAAUCUGUACAUUUAACAUCACUGGAAUAGCCGUGUACCAGGGAAUGGCUACAAGCUUGGACUCGUUAUGUUCUCAAGCUUAUGGAUUUGGCAAUUUGCAUCAUGUGGGAUUGUACUUCCAGCGGUGUGUUUUGGUAACGACGCUUCUUACGUUGUUUCCUCUUAGUUUCAUAUGGUGGUUUUCUGGUCCUAUCCUCAACGCUUUGGUACCAGAUCAAGAAUUGGCAUAUAUGAGUCAAACCUACUUGCGGUGGAUCACCUUAGGAGCACCGGGACUUCUUCUUUUUGAAAUAGGAAAGAGAUUUCUUCAGGCUCAGCAGAUUUUCAAUGCUGGCACCUACAUUUUAGUCAUUGUGAUUCCAUUCAACGUUAUUGCUCACUGGCUUCUCGUAUGGCACCCAACGUUCAGCAUCGGAUUCAUUGGAGCUCCAAUUGCUAUUUCGCUCACUUACUGGAUGAUUUCGCUUCUUAUGCUUGCUUACGUCUACUUUAUCGACGGGAGAAAAUGCUGGGGAGGCUUCGACCUCAAAAAUGCUGGCCGUAAUUGGGGUCCUAUGCUCAAACUUGCGUUUCCUGGAGUUAUCAUGGUAGAAGCAGAAUAUUUUGCAUUUGAAAUCUUGACGGUUUUUGCUGCUCGCUUUGGAACAGAUUCGUUGGCAGCUCAGUCAAUUGCUUCAAACGUGGCUGCUUUGACAUUCCAACUUCCGUUUGCUGUUUCCGUGGCUGUUUCUACAAGAAUCGGCCAGCUUAUAGGCAUGAAGAGAAUCGACCUUGCGCUGCGGGUGAUCCGUACAUCUUACUUGCUCGCAUUGUGCACUGCUUUGACCAACUUCAGUGUCUUCUUUUUUGGUCGGGGAAUCAUCGGUAACAUCUUUACAUCUUCAAAAGAUGUGCUCAAAAUAAGUAACAAAAUCUUGGUUUUGACAGCCAUUAACCAGCUUUCAGACUCGUUUAAUGUCAUGGCAUCCGGGGUUUUGCGGGGCCAGGGAAGACAGAAGAUCGGGUCCAUUCUAAAUCUUCUUUGUUACUACGUAAUAGCACUUCCUAUUGGCUAUAUCAUGGCAUUCCACUACGAGCUCGAAAUCAGUGGUCUCUGGAUCGGACUAAUUUUGGGGGUUUUCUCGCUCGCUGCCAGCCAAAUCUACUGCAUUUUCCGAAGCGACUGGGACCAGAUCAUCAUCGAUACAUACAAACGGCAUGAUUCAUAA